UAGCAGCGGGCAAGCGGCAGCCGCCAGCCUUAGCUCGAAGGUUGCGAGGUCUCUCUCUCCCUCUCUCUCUUCAGCGGCUGGGCUUCUGGCCGCGGCUGCGGGAGCUGCAAGGGCGGUUAUAGCCGUGGUGCGGCGGGCCGUGCCCGAAAGAGCGGAAAGGCGCGAGGUGCCCAGCCAGCUUCGACGCCGGGUUGGCUCGCCUUGCUCCAGUGUCCCCCGAACGGCUGAGCGCCACGCAGCGGGCAGGAGCCUGUUGGGUGGGUCUCCCACCUGCCGACGACCAUGGCCGGGUCCGAGCAGGACGGCGGCACCGGAGAGGCGCCGCUGCCCUUCGAGGACGCCGAGCUAGCGCUGGCUGGGAUCAAUAUGCUGCUCAACAACGGGUUCCGGGAAUCCGACCAGCUCUUCAGGAAAUACAGAAACCAUAGUCCUUUAAUGAGUUUUGGAGCCAGCUUUGUUAGCUUUUUGAAUGCUAUGAUGACGUUUGAAGAAGAGAAAAUGCAGCUGGCAUGUGAUGAUUUAAAAGCUACCGAAAAAUUAUGUGAGAGUGAAGAAGCAGGAGUCAUAGAAACAAUAAAAAGUAAAAUUAAGAAGAAUGUUGAUGGAAGGAAAACUGCCCCAUCCAUGAUGGAUCGAUUGCAGAGGCAAAUCAUUGUGGCAGACUGUCAAGUUUAUCUUGCUGUGCUCUCUUUUGUAAAACAAGAAUUAUCAGCUUAUAUAAAAGGUGGGUGGAUCCUUAGAAAAGCUUGGAAAAUCUACAAUAAGUGCUAUUCAGACAUUAAUACACUUCAGGAAUUAUAUCAGAAGAAGAUAACUCAGGAAUCUUUGACUUCUGAUGCUACAAAUGAUAAUCAUAUUGCUGCAGAAGGUGUUACAGAGGAUUCACUUAACAGACUGAAAGGUGCUGUUAGCUUUGGAUAUGGACUUUUUCAUCUUUGCAUAUCCAUGGUGCCCCCAAACCUGCUCAAAAUCAUCAAUCUACUGGGUUUUCCUGGAGACCGCCUGCAGGGGCUUUCUUCAUUGAUGUAUGCAAGUGAAAGUAAGGACAUGAAGGCCCCUUUAGCUACGUUAGCCUUGCUGUGGUACCACACUGUGGUUCGCCCUUUCUUUGCUUUGGAUGGCAGUGAUACCAAAGCAGGAUUGCAAGAGGCUGAAGAGAUUCUUCUGAAAAAAGAAGCUGCUUAUCCAAACUCAUCUCUCUUUAUGUUUUUCAAAGGCAGAAUACAGCGUUUAGAGUGUCAAAUCAACAGUGCCUUGACCUCCUUCAAUACUGCUUUGGAACUUGCAACUGAUCAGAGAGAGAUUCAGCAUGUUUGCCUCUAUGAAAUUGGUUGGUGCAGCAUGAUAGAAAUGAACUUCAAGGAUGCUUUCAAAUCAUUUGAACGUCUUAAAAAUGAAUCAAGAUGGUCCCAGUGUUAUUAUGCCUACUUAACAGCAGUGUGUCAAGGAGCUACUGGUGAAGUGAAUGGUGCACAGACUGUUUUCAAGGAAGUCCAGAAGCUUUUCAAAAGAAAAAACAACCAAAUUGAACAAUUCUCAGUCAAAAAGGCAGAGAGAUUUAGGAAGCAAAAACCAACCAAACAACUUUGUGUAUUGGCAUCCAUCGAGGUACUAUACUUAUGGAAAGCUCUUCCAAACUGUUCAUUCACCAAUCUACAGCACAUGAGUCAAGCUUGCCAGGAAAUUGAGGAUUCAAUGGUUGUUGGUUUGAAGAACUUGCUACUUGGUGCCAUACAUAAAUGCUUAGGAAAUGCUGAAGAUGCAGUUCAGUUCUUUCAAAGAGCCCUUAAAGAUGAAAUCUGCCGCCAGAACAACCUGUAUGUUCAACCAUAUGCUUGCUAUGAACUUGGCUGUCUUUUAUUAGAAAACCCUCAGUCUGUCCCAAGAGGUAAGGUGUUACUGCAUCAAGCAAAGGAAGAAUUCACAGGGUAUGAUUUUGAGAACAGGUUGCAUGUUCGCAUCCAUGCAGCAUUAGCCUCUCUGCGAGAAGUUGUCCCCCAGUGAUGAACAGAAAGGCUCCCAUCUUUUCUUCGACUUUUGCACUCGAAGGACAAAGCUGUCAGGAAGAUCAGCUUUCCUCCAGAAAACCAUCCUGUGCAAGAGAUGUUUUCCUAAAGAUGCAAAGCUGGUGAUGAAAAAAUGUUAACAAUCUCAACAAUUAAGGACUCAGUCAAAAAGGUUAAGUGACCUUAGGCUCAAACAACUGGUGAUUUCUCAUGUAUAUGUCCUUUUUAAAUUUGGGGAAGCUAGACAUUAUGUUCAAGCCCAGCCACACAGACAGGGGAUGGUUCUGGAGAAUUCCUUUGAAUAUUAAAGUCCUUUAGUUCCAAUGCUUAGAGAUGUCUUUUUUGUUGUUGUUUUUUGUCAAGCUGGAAAUCAUAGCCUGUGGUUGUACAAAUGAACGAACAAUGAGCACACACUGAUUUUCUCUACCAAUAUUGGCUUGAUUUCUAUUAUUUUUCCCAUUUCUGAAUAGCUUAACCAUUCUUCUAUUGAAAGGAACCCUUUUCAUGGAAACAAUAUUAUAAAGUUGUUUCAGUAUGGUAUAGAAAUGAAUAGUUAUAUUCAAAAGCCAAUGGAUAUAGAGCUGGAAAAUUGCCUGGUGCAUUUACAGCACAACAAACCUGCCCAUGGAACUUUUCUUGGUCAUACAGAUAUAUGUAAAUAAUGAAAUCUGCUCCCAUAUUUAUUUUAAAUUAUGAGAAUAUAUUUAGAAACUUUAUUUUUUAGCCAAAUGUUUAUUUUUUAAAUCCUUAAGCAUUGUGUUAAACAUUUGAUACCUAUUUAAAUGGUAGUGUGGAUAAUUGGUUGUCAACAAGGGAUUUGUGAAUCAUUCAUGUUGCUAAAAUGUAGGUUAAAUAUGAAAAACUUGCCUUCUGGCAUUUUAAACCUAUAGUAUCCCUCCUUCUGGUUUUAGAACUUUUAAAAUAAUAUAACACAGUAGAAGUUUAUUCAAUUUUCUGACUUUUAAAAUUGUCACACAUUAUUUUAGUGUGUAUGUAUUUUUAAGGCAAAUAUUGUUUUUUGAAAAACAAUUUUUAGCAUAGUAGCUUUUCCUAUAUAUUGUGAAGCUUUUUUUAAUGGCAUUAAAGCCUUAUUUUCAAUUUCUGAAAUUUCUCUUUCACAACUCUGGAUUCUCACCUGAUCUGCUAAAUGCUUUAUCUUGUUUGUAGUUCACUUGAACAAACAAGCUCCAAAGAGCAUUAAGAAAGAGAAAAAGAUUACAAUUACAUUCACAAGGACUUCCUUGUUCACUUUCAGCAUUGGGUAAUGCUGUCAUGAGCACACACAGGAUAGUUCCUGUCCUGUGUUAUGAGCUCAGUGUUUGGAUUAUCAAAUGUGAAUUGGAACCAAAUGACCAAGUACAUCAUGUAACUGCUAAAUUGCAUCACCUGUUUCUUGCUACUCCCCCCAAAAGUACUUAGUGACUAUUAUAUCAUCUGUGCUCUUUUUAAAAAAAACUAUAUUCUGUGAACAAUUAACUCAAACUCGAUUGUCAAACCUUCUUGAUUCUAUUGCUUUGGCGAUAUUUUGUUCUAAAUGUUUAGUUCCUUUUUUGUAUUUCAUUGGUGUUUGUAGUCAAUUUUCAGUGGAAACAAGAUAUGAUUGUCCAUACAUUUUGCCCUUUAAAACCAGGAAUUACCAGAGAGACUGUUCUUCAGUAUGGUGCCCAUUCCAUAUCAUCAUCAUCAGAAUUACAUCAGAGCUGCCAUUUCUUAGUCUGAUUCUAAUCCUGAUUCUGGCUCCAGACUUUUGGGACCUGCUCCCUACUGAGAGAGGAGGAUUAACCUAAUUUGCAGCCUUUAAUAAGGCUUUUACACACAACUGCCUUGUUCCUAACUAUUUUAAUAGUGGCAAUUUAUUAAUAUUUUAUUUGUUUCAGUAUUUUUACCCCAACAUUUUGAAAUAAAUAACAAAAUAAAGCAAGAUAAUUAAAUACUGUAUAAAUUCUAAACCAGUUGUGUAAUUCUAAACUAGUCAGGUAAAUCAUUAGAAUAAAAAAACAUAGGAAAUUUUAACACAGAUAUAACUUUUGUCUUGCAAAUAAAAACAUCCAAGCAAGCAUCUUAAAUCCAAAACAUCUUGCAAAAUCGUCUUCAUUAACUUUCUUAAAGAUAACAAUGCUCCAGGAUACUGUGACCCAUAGAUUUCUGUGGAGAAAUUAUUUCACAACGAUGGCAGCCAUUGAGAUAGACUGUUUCUAGGAUCAUCCACAUGAUCUCCUGAGACAAAUAGGUGGAAUGGACAGUUGCCAAGCAAAGCGUUUAUAGGCCAGAAACAGCAAUUUGAAUUAUCUUUUGAAAUUACUUUGAAACAACACAGUACCUGCAAGAGUGAAGUUACAUGGCUGAAGAAGCUUUCACUUCUCAGCAGUUUGCUAGUAGUUUUGGGGAUAGGCCCAAAUAAAGUGCAUUGCUACCCCAUUUUGAAGGGAUGAGGGCACAAGCCAUGCAUGUCAAAAACUUCUGCUCCAAAAAGGGCCUCAACUGGUCCAUCAGUCAAAGUGGAGCAAAGGCCAUGUCUUCUAUCUGUGAAUCAUAUUGUGGCUAUGACUUCAAAAGUCAUGAACCUGCUUUUUAAGGUGGAAUGCAACCUUAUCUGCAGCCAAUAUAAUCAACAAAGGACCAGAUUGCUUCUGGACUAGCAAUACCUUACUCUUAUUGGACUUAAAUUUCAGCUUGUUUCAACUGUCAAUCCCAUAUAGACUAUGGGCACCAUAUGAGGAUUACCAGGGCAUCAAUAGUUUGGCCUGAGAUUGAGUUUACACCAUGGAAUAUUAACAUAUUGAUGGUACCUCAUCCAGAAAUGAUAUCUUCUACUGAUUUUAUAGAAAUGCUAAACACAGAGCCAAGAAUGACACGAAGUAAAUGAAGGGGCUAGCUGAACUUUAGCACUAAUGAUUGGAGCUACGCCUACAGAAUCAAGUGGACAAACAAAACAAUGCAACAUACCCCAAAAUAAUUUGACAUGAAGAAACAUAUGGGAAGAUCAAUCUAUGUCUUAAAUAUGUGUCUAUAAGAUGGUCCAGCAGAAAAGCAUGGAGGGUGUGAAUGCUUUUGAGAGGUCUGUAGGAUCAGGAGAAUUGAACUUUCUAUCUGGGUGGUAACAAAGAUCAUCUACCAGAUGUCCUAUGCUGUUUUCAUCUUCAUUAAAAGGGAAGAUAAGUGUAGGUGGAAGUUAUGUAAUACAUUACUUCCUCUGUUUCAUCUCCCAGAAUUUUUGAUACAUGAAUAGGUAAUCAAAGGAGAGGGAAAGGCUCUUCAGGAGAUCACAUCCAGCAUUCUCAUCUCAGUUUCAAGCUUGACUAGUUCCAUAGCAGAACUAUCUACCAAAAAUCUAUAAGCAGCUACUGAAAAGGAUACAGUGUUAAAUGUUCAGGUAGCCCAUUCUAAUCAGUCCUUAGCCUUUCAGAUGUCACUCGUGCCAACAGGGAACAUAUUGACUGGGAAGUGAUCUGAGCAUGAUAAAAGGCUAUUGCAAUAUUCUUCAUAACCUCAGCCAUCUGUUCUGGGGUGAAGAAAAAUGGACCUAACAUCAGUAGCAGUCGGAAGCAAAGCGUCCUUCAAUCUGGCCUCCUGAGCUCAGGGAAAGGAGAUCUGAAGAAAAAGAGACAGACCAAGUGGACAAUCCCCCUUCUCUAGAAACAGCUUCCCCUUUCAUAGUUCCCAUUGCUUAUCACUUCUGGUAAUUUGCCUCAUUCUCACCCUCAGUGGGAUCAAGGGCCUAGCCUCACCAUUGUUCUUUAGGAUCUUCCUAACAAGAAACUACUAUUUCCUAGCCCUCCAACACCUGACAUGAACCAUCUGUCUGACCAAUGACACCUCUGGAUUAUCCUUCUUCAAAAUCCUCACAUCCAACUACAAAACAAAUCUCGCAACCCUGAAGAAACUUGAAAGCUGUCAGGUACAACAAAAGUUCACUCUCCCUGCUUAACUCACCCAAAGUUUACUUGCCGCAAAUAAUUGCUUAUCCCAAAAGUUCCUUACUCAGAUAUAGCAUAUUU